GCGAGGUUGGGCUGCUGGUGGGGACCAGAGGCGGAAGUUGUCAGUGUCUUUCUUCACUUGACGGCGUGCUCCCUGACGGACCUCUGGCCUGUGGGUGACUCAAACAGGAAACCGCCAGCCAUCCCUUCAAAGAGCUUGGAUUCCUCUCAAAGAUACGCUUGCUUUUCAUUGCUCUGUGUUUAUUUGGAUGGUGGAGGAGUAGUUUACAGAAUCAAGAUUAUCACUCACCAGGGACAGAGAAACCACAGGACUCUCAGGGGCCACAGCCCUGAUCUGGGGAGCCAGACUUGUCUUGGCGGAACAGCUGCUCAUCUGGUUCAUUCCAUCAGCCUGGAUUGGUGACUCCGAGUCUCGGGAGAGAUCUCCAGGCUUGCUGGGAUGGGAAACCUGCUCAAAGUCCUUACCAGGGAAAUUGAAAACUACCCACAUUUUUUCCUGGAUUUUGAAAAUGCCCAGCCCACAGAAGGAGAGAGGGAAAUAUGGAACCAGAUCAGCGCCGUGCUUCAGGAUUCCGAGAGCAUCCUUGCAGACCUGCAGGCGUACAAGGGCGCGGGGCCAGAGAUCCGAGAUGCCAUCCAAAAUCCCAAUGACAUUCAGCUUCAGGAAAAAGCUUGGAAUGCAGUGUGUCCUUUGGUCGUGAGACUGAAGAGAUUUUAUGAGUUUUCCAUCAGGCUAGAAAAAGCUCUUCAGAGUUUAUUGGAAUCUCUGACCUGUCCACCCUACACACCAACCCAGCACCUGGAGCGGGAGCAGGCCCUGGCCAAGGAAUUUGCGGAAAUUCUGCAUUUCACCCUUCGAUUUGAUGAGCUGAAGAUGAGGAACCCAGCUAUUCAGAAUGACUUCAGCUACUACAGAAGGACCAUCAGUCGCAAUCGCAUCAACAACAUGCAUCUAGACAUUGAGAAUGAAGUCAACAAUGAGAUGGCAAAUCGAAUGUCCCUGUUCUAUGCAGAAGCCACGCCGAUGCUGAAAACCCUCAGCAAUGCCACCAUGCACUUUGUCUCCGAAAACAAAACCCUGCCAAUAGAGAACACCACAGACUGCCUCAGUACGAUGACAAGUGUUUGUAAAGUCAUGCUGGAAACACCGGAAUACAGGAGUAGGUUUACCAGUGAAGAAACGCUGAUGUUCUGCAUGAGGGUCAUGGUGGGGGUCAUCAUCCUCUACGACCACGUGCACCCCGUAGGAGCAUUCUGCAAGACAUCCAAGAUCGAUAUGAAAGGCUGCAUAAAGGUUUUGAAGGAACAGGCCCCAGACAGUGUGGAGGGGCUGCUGAAUGCCCUCAGGUUCACUACAAAGCACUUGAAUGAUGAAUCGACUUCCAAACAGAUUCGAGCGAUGCUUCAGUAAAGCCUUGCUCAGUGAAGAGGAUCUUUGAACUGACCUCAGAAGAUGUAUAUGUUUACAUAAUUUAAUACAGAUUGAUGUUAAUACUUGUGUAUUUACAUAACCGUUCCCUUCUUGUCACUGAAAUAUAUGGACCUUAAUUUGUAUCCUGACUGACUCAACCCAGAGAUCAUAAAUUGACUGGAGAGCCUUACCUUCGAUGUCUAGAACAAAAACCCCUUCUCCAAAAGGCAGAAUUUGGAGACGUUGAUCUUUGCUACUGGAGUUCCUUACGCCUGUAACAAUCAGAACUUCCCAACAGCUUGUGGUCAUGUUUUAAUUCUAGAUGUGUGAUCUUUCUGGGAAGUAUAGUUAGAGAAACAUGAAGAGUUUGAUUUCCUGGGUCAGUCCAGCUACAAGAAACACAACUGUUAUCCUGACAGAGAGAGAGGGGGAAUCCCAGAAAAUAAAAAUGCACGUGGAGAUGCAAACCCCAGUGUCGAAUUCAGCACACCCCCUCUCUUUCCUCAGAUGGCACAGCACCCUUGCAACUUUUCUGUUUGCACCUAUUUUAUUUAUCAGCAUUUUCUCUUCCUGUUUUGAUUUAUACCCGGUAACGUUCCCUUUCCAUUUUUCAAGAGGAAAAAAUCAGCGUGUUUGCAUCAGUUUGUGGCAGAGAAGGGAGAAUAGAGAGAUAUGCUCUUGUGACUGGGCUGGUGACUGUCGUGGAAGUGGGGACAGGUGGGGAAGAAGGGCAUCCAAGCAACAGUGACAGACAUCUCUCUGCUUCAACCCUCUGUCUCCAGGAUCAGGGAAGUGGAACUCUGGCUAAAAUUGUGGGUGAGGUUGCUAAUAUUCCAGGUGUCUGUGGAGCGCUAGGCACACAACUCCUCCUAAUAGGAGCCAUGGCCUCUGGGGACCAUUCAUGUGGUAGCAGAGAUCUAGCUAGACCUUAACUAGUUAUCAGAAAGCUUGGGGAAUUUAGAGGGGAGAUUUUUAUUUUCUGGUUAUCUGAUAUUUAAAAGACAGCUCCUCCAGGACCUAACUACCAACUUGUUACAAUGUAUAAACUCGGGCCUGAGUACUGGGAUUAAAUCCUAGACUUGUUGAUUCAGAGUGAACUUGGAAAAUUCACUUAAAUUCUAUGUGUCUCACUGUCCUCAUCUAUAAAAUGGGCAAAUAAAAUAGAUAACCUCCGAUACUCCUAUAAGACCAUGAGCCAAUAAGAAGACUGACUCUCACAUCCUUCGUUUGUAAAUAGAAUCCGGUAAGCAUCACCCCACCUUGCCUUGAUGAUUAGCGAUAUGACAAGGGUUAUUCUGUCUGCAGAUCAGAGUUUAGAGUGGAAUCUUGGAAAUCUUCUAUUCUGGUCUCCAGUGAGAAUGAAGUCAAACAGCAUCACCCCUCUGUAGGACUAGAACCCAGGAUGCCUCAUUCCUGAUUCCAUGUCCUUUUCUUUUCACCACGUGGCCUAUGCAUACAUACUAUAGGGUGAUAUUGGACACUUUUAAAUAAACCUUCAACCUGGCCUGUAUAAUUGCUUGCCUAUUUCUGAUGGAAGCAGAGAGUUGCCCAGGGAAUGAUAAUUCCAGAAGUUGGGUUUGGGUAUAUCAGAGUUUGAUGUCAUUGUCCCAAGGAAUGAGCUGUUACACCAUUACUUUCUGGAUUUUGGUGGCCAGGUGGUAGUCCCUUGAGUCCUCUUAAGAAUAGGAGAGACAUACUUAGGUUUUGUUUAUUUUUAAUAAAUCCAUUCAGUGGCAGAAUGGAUUCCCUGGUCUAUAUCUAAAUGUCAGUCAGUCAAUAUAGAGAGGAAAAGCCCUUUUCCUUAGAGCUUUUCAAGCUGAACAAGUACAGCUGGUUGGAUGAGGGUUCUGUCAUCAUAACAGAAAUGCACUAAAUGGCUUUCAAAGACCUUUCCAAACCUAGGGAUUCUUAAACCCUAGAGGAGUCCAGAAGUUGGGAUAACACUGGGUGAACAAAUUCAUUAGAUACUCAGCUUCUUUUACUUGGAAGCCACCUGUUGUCUUUGGGCAACAACUUUCAAGACUAGAAAUGUAAAAGUACUCAGUAUUUAUUGUAAUGGGGUCUAUUUUCCUCCCAUAUCAGACAAAGGACUUGCAGAGUAAAUGGUUGAGCACAUUUAUAAUUUUUAAUUCGACCUUCUCACAAGUGGGACCAAACAUAUGGGGGGAGAGCUGCUGGCCUGCCCCAGUUUAGUCAGGCCACCUUGUUUCAAAGCCAAGAUUCAUCAGUACAUGGAUUCUCAAAAGCCCAGGGCCUGAACUAUUGCUUCUGGUUAGCAGCAGGACAGGUUAACUGAAUGUCUGUGAUCACUAACAGGUGAUGGGCCUUGGGUCCACUCCAGAGCUAUAGUGGGAGACAAAUUCUUUUAACAGACUGUCCUUCAGGUGUCUUUGAACAAUCACAUUUUUGUGUGCUGCAUGCACGUGUGUCCAGGACCCAUAAACUGGGCAGGGGAAAGUGCUAGCCACGGUAUCCAUGUCAAUGUUAGCUAUAUUUCAUAUUUGCGGUCUCAUAGUUUUCAAAUAAAAGUGUACUCCAUUACUCAGAUAUUUAUUUUUGGGCAAGUGACAAGGUGAAAAUUACAUUUCUUAGAUGCACUGCUACUUUGGCAUUAUAAUUUUGUUCUCAGAAACCUUUUAUGUGCCACUAGGCAUUAGUUAAAAAAAGAAAGUGACAAUGUUUUGAAUUGUGGUGACCCCUUGGGGCUGGAGUUUUAAUUAAGAACCAGAAAGAAACUCCUGGAUACUAUCCUUUAACUAUUAGUUAAUAUCAUGCUUCAUCGGUCUUUGCUCCUAGUCAUCACCAUUGUAUCAAGAUAUUAAUGGUAAACUGAGGUUUUUAAUACAUUACCACAUUUAAAUAACAAUAAUUUCAUGCUUCCUCAAAAGAAAAAUGAAGCUUACUCAGUCUUGGGAUCUAACUGUGCAGUAGACAUCAGAGACUUCUCAUUCAAUCUUGUAUCCCAGACAGCUACAAAUUUUUGUAGAUGUUAAUAAUAAACAUUGGAAUUUUGUCUUAAAGAAACAAAAACCUUGGAACCCAAUGUUCCCACUACAUCUAUAAAGGCUGUUGCAUACACAAAGCUGUUUAAAAAGUGUCAUAUGUUGUUUGCUGAAGUCACUGUCAUUUUUUUUGCCUGCUUUGCCUCUUUUUGUACAGAAGUUUUGAGUGUGAAAUGAAAAUUAAAGUUUGGUACAUAUAUUUAAAAA